CACUUAGCGGUCGCUACUGGAAGCGCUGCAUGAACAACUCGGCAUUGAAGAUGGCGGAGGGGGAAUUGAACGUUGACAGUCUCAUUUCUCGGCUUCUCGAAGUGCGAGGAUGUCGCCCAGGGAAGAUUGUACAAAUGACGGAGGCAGAGGUUCGAGGACUCUGCAUUAAGUCUCGUGAGAUCUUCCUCAGCCAGCCCAUCCUGCUGGAGCUGGAGGCUCCUCUUAAAAUCUGUGGUGACAUCCAUGGGCAGUACACAGAUCUGUUGAGGUUGUUUGAAUAUGGUGGUUUUCCUCCGGAGGCAAACUAUCUCUUCCUGGGUGAUUAUGUGGAUCGAGGAAAACAGUCUUUGGAGACCAUCUGCCUGCUCCUGGCCUACAAGAUUAAAUACCCAGAGAAUUUCUUCCUCCUGCGUGGUAAUCACGAGUGCGCCUCUAUCAACCGUAUCUAUGGCUUUUAUGAUGAGUGCAAACGCAGGUUCAACAUCAAACUCUGGAAGACAUUUACAGACUGCUUCAACUGCCUACCAAUUGCUGCCAUCAUAGAUGAGAAGAUUUUCUGUUGCCAUGGAGGUCUUUCUCCUGAUCUGCAGUCAAUGGAACAGAUACGUCGGAUUAUGCGACCAACUGACGUCCCAGAUACAGGGUUGUUGUGUGAUUUGCUGUGGUCAGACCCUGAUAAGGACGUUCAAGGAUGGGGUGAGAAUGAUCGUGGAGUGUCAUUCACUUUCGGUGCCGAUGUAGUGAGCAAAUUUCUCAACCGCCACGAUCUGGAUCUCAUCUGCAGGGCACACCAGGUGGUUGAAGAUGGUUAUGAGUUCUUUGCAAAGCGGCAGCUUGUCACUCUGUUCUCAGCACCAAACUACUGCGGGGAAUUUGACAACGCAGGUGGAAUGAUGAGCGUGGAUGAGUCACUCAUGUGCUCUUUUCAGAUCCUGAAGCCAUCAGAAAAGAAGGCAAAGUAUCAGUACGGUGGGGUGAACUCAGGGCGACCUGUAACCCCUCCCCGUACAGCCCAAGCCCCUAAGAAGAGGUGAGCUGCCUGCUGCCCAGAAACCACACUCUCCAUCACCCCUCUCUUACCUCAGCAAUUUACCCCUGUCUGAGGCAGCUUUACCCUAACACUCCUCUGAAAUCUGUCCACCUGUCCUGCCAACCUCGUCUCUUCAAAUUUCUUAAAAUUUUUGUACAGAAAUUUUGCUGUGAUCAGUCAAUUACUUCUCUUUUUAUUUGCUCUGCUUAUUUGUUUAUUGGUAUUUUAAUAACAAUAAUAGCAUAAAUCAUAAAAAUAUUGCUUUGGGGAGUUACUUUUAAUGAGCUGCUCCACAAAAACCAUAGUAAAACACACAAACACAAGCAUAUACACACACUCAGUGCUUUCACACACAGAUCUCAGUAGUGUACUCGUAUGUAAGUGUUUUAUUAACCUUCACUUCAGUACUCUUUUAUUUAACAUUAAUGUUGAUUCAAAAAGAAAGAGUGGAGAUUGUAAGUAUUGAAAGUUGUUGUGUAUUUUGCUACCAUCUGAAAUUUCAAGACCAGAGGCUUUCACAUACACAUAUACAGAGACGUAUGUCGGGCCUAGACCUCAGGCUUAGGUCUUGAAGGGAUAGUUUACCCAAAUAUGAUAAUUCUGUCUGUAUUUCCUCAACCUUUUUAUUCCAGAUCUGUAUGAGUUCCUUUCUUCUGUGAAACAACACAAAAGGCAGAAUGUAAGCCUCUGUUGCCUUUCUCUUUCAUUAUGUAGAACAAAAGAUGCAAUUAAGGUGAAAGGUGACUAGCUAACAUCUCCUUUUGUGUUCCAUGGCAGGCAGAAUGUCAUACAGGUUUGGGUGAGUAAGUGAUGAUACAAUUUUCAUUUUGGGUGAACAUUCUCUUUAACUCUGUCUGGGUGCUUGUUCACAGGUCAGUGGAACCUUUAGAUAAAAACAAAAAUCUAUUGUCAAUAAACUAGGUCAGUGUAGAAAAAGCUGGAAAGGGGAUUUUAACUCCGGUACAGUUAAACACGCAUUUGCACAGCUGCAUUUACAAACAGCAUUGCAUGUUCUGUUUUCUUAAUACCUCUGGGAUUUACAUCAAAACUCUAAAGUCAGAUCUCUCAGUUUAACUUGCUGUUUUGAAGUCUUAUCAUAGUCAUAAUUCAGGAGAAAAGUGUCCUAGUAUACCACUUCUUUGUGACAUAUGACCACAUCAGUAAUAACCUAUCUGAAAAGUCACAAUCCACCAUCCAUUUUCUAAUUGGAUAACAAGAAAAGCUGGUUGUGAUUAAAUAUAAAUGGUGCCUCCCACUGGCUCAGUUGUAAAGGAUUGGACUUGUUUUAAGUUCCACACCAUUUAAAAUCUUAAAUCAGAUUUAAAAUUACUCUGUUGGAUAUAAAUAACAGCUAAACUCUGUUACAUAAACCAGUAGCACCUUUGGCAAAUAAAGUUUAACAAUGCCUUUCUGUGUGAGGAAAUAUUUGCUCACAUUGGUAUUAUUCAUCUAUCAUAACUUCACUUUUUUUUUUUUUUUUAAGGUUUUAUUUAUUUGUGUUGCGGUUUACAACUUCUCAAUUUAUUUUCAAAUGUUGGGAAAGCUAUAAAAGUGUUCUAAAAGCAGUGCAUGAGUUUUGUAAAAGUUGGCUUCAAACUUAAUAAAUGGAUGAAACACUCUUCACAUUCUCUGUGUUU